CAGACGAGACAAAGGAAGGGCAGGUAAGCGAGCGAGGGAUUCCAUCUCCCCUCGCAUCUCUCUCUCUCUCUCUCUCGCGAAAGACUUCUACCGACUAAGAAAUUCCUGUGACGAUGGAUCCCAAGCCUUCACCAACCCCACAAAACGCCAAUGAAAUCCCUAAUAAACAGGGACAAAGAGACUUUUUGAAUCAUUUAGAGGUAUACCUUGCAAAGCGAGAUGGGGUUGACAAGCUCCUCAAGAUCUCACGUUACGCAACCAAGAUCAUCUUAGCCUCAUCCGUCCUCCCCGAAACCUUAAUCGUAACGAAACGACUCAAGAGUUUCGAAUCAAGUGUUGGACUCAGUCGCAAAGCAUUCCGACUUGGGAAAUUCGUUCAAGAUGUCAACGCAUUAAGAGGCUCUCAUUUUGAUUCAAAACAAGAAAUCAUCCUUUCCUUCAUUGCCUAUGGAGGUGAAGGUUUGUAUUAUUUUGUUGAGCAAUUUGUUUGGUUGGCUAAAUCGGGGUUGAUCGAUAGCAAACACUCCAAAAGUUUAGGAAAAAUCAGUGCUUGGGCGGAGUUUGUUGGGUAUAUUGGGAGUAUUUCUUUGAAAUUUAGAGAUUUAAAGAAAUUGAGUGAAGAUGAGGUGUGCCUGGAAUCCAGCGUUGAAAUUGCAGUCACGAGAGGAGUUGGGCGUCAAGAGGAAGAGAGGAGAUUGUGGAAGCUGAGAGAGAAGAAGCUGAUGAAGAAAUUAUCAAUUGUGCAGGAUUUUGCUGAUGGGCUAAUGGCUCUGGCUGAUAUUCGUGACGGCAGAGGGCAAUUUUCAGGCCCCCUUUUGGUAUCUUGUGCAGGCCUUUUAUCUGCUCUUAUUAGUACUCAUAAGAAUUGGGUCUCUUGCUGAGAUUGUCACUCAUCGUGGAAGGUAUGCUGUUUAAGGAAUUCUUCUUCGUAAUUAAUUGAUUCCAAAUUGCAAUAAGAGAUGUGCUAAUUCUUCAACUGUUGGAUUUGAAUAAUAAAGUGAUAGCCUUUGGAAAUCA